UCGCCGUCAGUUGAAAACAAGUGACUGUGAGCGAAACGUUGCACUUUCAUUGCACUUUCCAAGCGACAUCCGGCGAUAUCGUACGUUUGUCUACAUCCUGUGAACGCGAAAUUCUAGAAGAUCUGCUACAAUUUACAACUUGGUGGCGUAUUCCUUGAAUUUGUUAAGCUACUCGUAUUAUCAUCGAAGAAAAAAUGUCUCUGCUACCGUUCCUGUUUGACUACGAAGUCGAGCGCCCUCGCCGUUUGAUGGACCAGCACUUCGGUCUCGGAUUAACCCCUGAUGAUAUGCUCAGCGUGAUAGCCGGCGGUCCCGUUAUGAGCCGGGAAUACUAUCGCCCAUGGAGACACUUGGCCGCCGCUGCGAGAGACCUCGGUUCCAGCAUCAAGAGUGACAAGGACAAGUUCCAAGUUAAUCUGGACGUCCAGCACUUUUCGCCAGAAGAGAUCAGCGUGAAGACCGCCGAUGGUUACAUCGUUGUGGAGGGGAAACAUGAAGAGAAGAAGGAUCAGCACGGGUACAUUUCUCGUCAGUUCACCAGGAGGUAUGCGUUGCCAGAAGGCUGUACGCCUGAGACUGUGGAGUCGAGGCUGUCUUCGGACGGCGUGUUGACGGUGACGGCGCCGCGGAAGGUGCCCCUGGCGGUGCAAGGCGAGAGGAAGGUGCCCAUCGCACAGACCGGGCCUGUGCGCAAGGAGGUCACCGACCAGUCCAACGGCGAUAAGGCGCAGUAAUUUUUCUAAAAAUAUUAGGCUUAUAGCAU